GGCUUCGACAAAAGCAUUGCCGGCUACGUCCGAGACGCAAGUAGCAGCUGGUUUGUUUGCUCAUGUGCUUUUCUGUUAUUUGCAAUUGAUCUGCUAAGCUGUCCAAAAGACUUGAUACGACGCCCAAACUUUGCCAAUCCAUUUGUCCUAGCAUGUCGUACUCGCCAUUCGAAGCUUGCAGGAAUCGGUGUUGUCUGUCUGCAGAGGCUCGUAUCAUCUCGCGCACUGCCACCUGAGCGACUUGACGAUGCUCUGGGUGGACUGCGGGAGACCACAAGUCUGAGCCAAGAUGUUCAGCUCAAGAUUCUUCAAACAUUACCCUCUCUACUGCAUAAUUAUUCAGAAGACUUGAGUGGCGAGCUCCUUGCAAACACAUUAGAAAUAUGCGCGACAUUGCAAGCCACGAAGACCGUUGCGGUUGCUAAUACAGCAGCUGCUACAUUGCAGCAGUUGGUCGUCUCGGCAUUCGAGAAGGUCUCAGUUGAAGAUGGAAAACCGCAAGGUUCCGUACCAACUCAAUCCGUGACGGUUGACGCCCAGCAAAUCGACAUUGGGCUUGCCGCAUAUGAUGCUCUUCGGAUUCUGGAUGACCUUUGCCGUCUUGUUGAAGGGGACAAGCUGGAGUUUCUCCAAAUCAAAAGUCUCUCGCCAGUAUUCGUUUUGGAGCUCAUUGAAAGCAUCUUAGUGAAUAGCAGCCAACUGUUUCACCGUCAUUCGGAACUGAUGCAGGUCUUGCGAAAUCGAUUGAUGCCUUUGACAGUGAGAUAUUUAUCAGAGCGGCACGGUUUUCCUCAGACGCUCCGAGUCUCUCGAAUCCUUCUCAUUCUUCUCCGAAAUUACAUGACCGUCUUGGUAGCAGAAUGUGAAAUGGCACUGGGUCUUUUGAUCCACUUACUUGAACCAGAUGCUGGUGCUCCCUGGAAGAGAGUGCUUUGCAUGGAAGUUUUUCGCGGCCUGCAUGCAGAACCGGGCCUUAUAAGACUGAUAUAUUCUCUCUUCGAUGAAGUGAAGGGUCGCAAGGAUAUUGUAAAGGAUCAAAUGGCGUCCUUGGUACGCCUAGCCUCCGAGAAGCCUUCGCUGAUAGGGGUCAGCCACCAAUCAACAGUUCCAUCGAGUGCCUCGCAUUCAAGAACAAAUACCGAAGAUCAAAUUACGUUAGAAGCUGGCGGUGUUGCGGGUGUCAUCGGAGCUGCUGUGAAUUCUGCAGAUGACAAUGUGACCGGAAUUAGCGGCCAGUGGAGCACUGUCCGGACUCCUUAUCUUGAGCUCCUCGACAAGUCAGAGCCUCCUCCUCCUCCAGAAACGUACAUCUACUGUCUCGUUCUCAAUUGCAUUAGUGCUUUGUCCGAGGGUCUUGCCAAAUUCAUACUCCCCUUGACUGUACCGGACACAAAAAGCAAGCGGAAGCACCGUCUUGGGGCACCUGGUCGAGAAUCCCCUUCUGGUGGAAGCUCUCGGGAACUGCAGAGGACAGAUUCAUGGAAAACAGCCGAUUCCAAAAGGCAGACCGUACCGCUCAAUCCCCUGGAUCUGGAAGAUCAUCCUCAACAGGCUGGGAUCAGGGCUUGCGCUGGAAUCAUUGAAUCGUGCUGGCCUGCUAUUCUGGCAACUUGCUCCACAUUCCUUUACGCAGCAUUGGAUGCUGAUUUCUACCACAACCUAGUCCGAUCCUUCCAAAAGUUGACUCAUGUGGCUGGCCUCCUUAGACAGUCUACGGCACGAGACGCAUUUCUUACAACCUUGGGUAAAGCUUCAAUGCCAAUAGAUGGUGCGAAUACCGGACCCCAGCGCCGCGUGAGCACGGCCGGAUCUGAAGCCCAGCACUCUGAGGCUCCGGAUACCACAGUCCACGGAACGGAGCCGACAGUUGCCUCUCAGGCUUCUACAGAGACCCCCAGGGUUUCCUUCGACAAUGUUCGUGCAACCCUGAGUACUAGGAAUCUCCUAUGCCUCCGUGCUCUUUUGAAUCUUGGUAUUGCUUUAGGACCAAUCUUGGAUCAGCCUGCUUGGUAUAUCAUCCUUGAGACGCUCCAGAAUGCGGACCUCGUGAUCAACGUAUCUGCUGUCGUUGCUUCGAAGCAAAGUGCCAAUGCGACCAGCAAUGGUGAAAGCAAUGCGUUUGGUGGAUCAGAUGUUCCUAAAGCAAACCUGGGUGCUGAGAUUGUUGCAGUGCAAGCAGCUGCUUCCAAAAUGUUCGAAAGCACUGCAGACUAUCCUGACAGUUCAUUCGAGGCUAUCUUGGGUGCGCUCUUGAAUCUUUCAAACAGUGCCGAACAAAGUGCCCCGGAAACACCAUCGAACACCCUUUCGCCCGUGCUCUCCCCCCAGACUCCUCGGCGUAUGGGGCGAGUUCAUCAAAACACACGCAGCAUUUCAUUGGCCGUUGGAAAGUCCAGAAUACAAGACGAUGAGUUGAACUUCGUUCUGGAGAAAACGAGUGAGUUGGCCAGGUCGAAUCUCGGCCGGUUCUCUGCCGUAAACACGGGCGCAGACGGUGCCUGGAAUAUUUUAACUACUAGCCUCAUUGCCAUCAUUGUUAACGGCGAGACUAGUCCAAGCCUCCGCUUAAAGGCUAGCAAAGUACUUAACGAUAUAAUAUUCCAUACUAUGAAGCAGGGAAACCUGGAGAAUGAGCCAGCACGCAACCAGCUACAGCUCAGGAAUCUUCAGACGUUGAAGUCGCAGAUUGUCUCUCUCUAUGAGCAGCGAUCGAGAAGUUCGUCCUCUACGGCUGAUAUUGACGUUCAUGAGCAGGCCCUUGAUACGCUGAAGACUAUCCUAGAGCAGCACGGAGAAUCAUUCACUGCUGGCUGGGAUCUUGUCUUCGACUUAGUAUCCAGCGUGUUUGAGGAGCAGCUUCCCAAGAGCGAAGAUGAAAAGCAGGCCUUGGAGUCACGACCAAAGUCCCGUAGAUUAGCAGCGAAGUCCCCGCGACUGGUUCGGGCAGCUUAUAGCUCCCUCCAGUUGAUUGCAUCCGAUUUUCUUCUCCUCCUUCCACCUACAUGUCUUUUGGAUCUGGUGAACUCCUUUUCCAACUUUGCAUCGCAGAGUCAAGAUUUCAACAUUUCGCUCACGACGACGACGUUUUUCUGGAAUGUGUCCGACUUUCUCCAAGGUCAGGUUGGCCAGUUCUCCAUCGAAGACACGAUCGACACCUCUGUAAGCGAGGAAACACUUUCGAAGCUUGCCGAAGAUGCGGAUAAUCGCGUUUCUCGUGGCUCUCUAUGGCUGUUGCUGUUGUUACGGAUUGUAGACCUCACUACAGAUGGUCGGUCUGAAAUCCGAAACAGUGCAAUCCGGACCCUUUUGCGGAUCCUGGAUGCAUACGGCCAACAGCUUUCACCCAGAGCAUGGCAUCUGUGUUUAAAUAGAGUCCUUUUUGCCAUGAUCGACGACGUACAAGCGAAAGUUCUCAAUGUGACGGCGACUAGCAAACCUAGCGAGUCUGACGAAGCGAAAGCAUGGGUAGAAACAGCGGUGGUCAUGAUCAAAGGAUGUUCUGACCUGAUCGCCAACUUCUUUGAUUCCAUCGUGCAAGAUGACAGGUUUAACGAAUCAUGGAAACGACUGCUUCAACAUUUCCAUGUCCUCGUCCAGGUCAACAUCUACGAGCUUACUGAGGCAGCAUUUUCCAGCCUGUGCGACAUUCUUGCGCGAGUGCAAACGUCGACCACCCUCAGCAAGGAGGCUGUCCGGUCAGCGUGGUGGCUAUGGGCAAAUGGUCAUCCUGCGCUCGACGAAGAUUCUUUGAACAUGGACAGUCCCAACCAAGACGCCCUGCUGGCGUAUUUCCGUUCGUUUCAACAGAUAUAUCGACUGUCGAAAGAGGAGCUGACGCAGGAGCAAAUCGAACAAGUGCUGCGGCACAUGAGGGCUGCGAUUUGGAAUUCUGUGUCUUCACGAUACUCCGUCGACGUCGAUCAUCAAUCUGCUCUCCAGGAAUUGAUCACUCAGUGCAUCAAGGCCAUCUGUUUGGAUAUGGAGAAUUCUCAACCUGCCAUUGUUCUAUGUCUUGCUGAUUUCGCCGACGCUGCGUUGUCUCAAUGGGCGCCUGAUAGGGAUAGGAGCCGGCCGACGUUUGUCGCAUUUUCAAAGAGUUCCAUUGAUGUGCUAAGCUGGUACAUUGCAGACUUUGGCAUCAAGAGGGAUAUCUUCACCAAUGGUUCUCUGACUACCGCAUUGGAGCACCUUGCCAAUCCUAUCCUCCAGAAGUAUGAGUGGCGUGGGAAGGAUCGCGAACCCGUUCUUUGGCGUAAGGCCACGACAGCGUCCUUGGACAUCCUCCGAGUUGCAGUGCCCUACGUGGAAAGUCGGUACGACGGAUCCCAGCAGCCGGAGGUUUCGCGAUUUUGGCGCUGCGUUGUGGACAUCACGCGGGGCAUCGUGUCUGCGAAGGGCUGUGUUGAGCUGGGAAUUCCCAUGUCAACGAUCCUCUCUGACGAGAGUUUUGACAUCUCAGCGUUUAAUCGGCUCAUCUCCCUCAUCAUCCCGUCUCUCGGAUCUCCCAACAUUCCCGACCGGCUGCGUCGAGACUUUGCAUGGGCGCUCUUCCAGUCAACGCUCAUCUAUCCUCCGCAGAGGACCGACCUGCCGAUAAAAGCACUCGAAGAGGAGCCGCUUCGAGGUCUGUACAAAGUCCGUCGAGGUCGCACCUACGAUCCUUCCCCGACUGCAAGGUCACAGAUCGCCUAUGUACUCAUCGACACGAUGUUUGACCUCGCGACCGCAUCUGUGUCCAAGCAGCAGCAGCAGCAGCAGGGUGACAGUGAAGGGAAUCGUGAUUCAGAUUCCUCAGUAUCCUCACGCAUUUCCCUCGCGCGGUCCAUUUCCCCCUACCUGAUCCUUCGCGCUUCCAUGCCUCUGAAAUCCUACAUCGCCGACCAGCCGCUCCGAGGCCUGAUGCCCCAGCCAACGUCCGCCCGUAAGGAACUCUUGCACCUUCUCCGCCGCAUGAUCGAGCUGAAGAGCGAGCCCGCCGCGAUCCCCGACGCACCAGCCUGGCCGGAGGCAGCAGCAGCAGCAACAGCAGCAGCCGCCGCCGCAAGCAAUGAUUCUUCUUCCCCCCAUCCAAAAAAGAGCAGCAGCCUUCGUCUCGGUCGUCUCCGCUACCGCAAACAUCUCGGCUGGGUGUACCCGCUCGUCGUGAAAGCGGUCCGGGUAGCCGGGAAGGAGAAAGGGAGGGAAAACGAUGGCAGAGUGCUGGAAGCUCUGGUCAAGGUCUUGCAUGAAGUCGGGGAUUGCUCUGGGGUUGAAGAAGAAGACGAAGACAGCGAUAGUGUAGAAGAGUGA